AUGGACGACGAUGCUUCAUCGGUGAACGGUCAGGCGUCUCCUGCUGGCUCUGUAUCACCAUUCGUAGGAGCGUCACCAGAUUAUCCAGAAGUUUCAUCGCCGAAAGGGUCCGCUGGUGAAGGAUCUCCUCGGGACUUGGACUACCAGGGAGUUUCGUCUCCAAGAGAUGACAGCGCCGUCGCAUCGCCCUCUCAUGCGUCCGCAUCCGCAGCUUCAUCACCGGCUUACAGAGAGCAGGACGAUGACUCUGGAGAUGAGUUCAACGCCGAUAGCCCUAAUAUUCCUGGCUCUCCUGAAGCGGAUCCCACCAGCGAAAAUGGUGACACGAACGAGGCUUACGUGCCAAAGUCGCCUAGUUCACCUGUACAAGAGGAAGGACCCUUGUCUUCGCCACCGCCGUCAUCGCCCCAGAAUGACGGAGGCUCUCGAUCAAGAUCUCCGCGGCAGCGCGAAGAUGGAGAGGAGGAGAAGAGCUCGAAAGAAGUGGACGCCAAAUCAGAUGAUGAAGAAAACACCCCCGAACAACGAAAGGGCGCUGCAUCGAGUGAUGAAGGCUCUAAGAGAAUGCCGAUGCGCAUCUCACGCGUUGUGCUGAGACUGUUAUUCGUUAUCUUCAGGAAAAAUCUUCUGGAUCCGAUGAUUCUGACGACGAUGAAAUGGACGAAAGAACAGCGGAAGAAGAAACUCGGAAAACUGAUUGUAAAUAUAUUUGGCGAAGAUAUCGAAGAAGAUGCAGAUGGCACACGUGAUGACGACGAAGAGCAAGAUGAGAAACAACAGCAAGAGGCUAAUCAAGAAGAUGAAGACGACUAUGUUCGAGAUAGGAAUAAGGACGACGACAGAGACAGAGCUGGAUUUGAAUGGGAUUUCGAUUUGAUGUUGCGAGAGAAGAAGGCCGAGAGAAAGAAGAAGAGGAAGCGACGUGAUGCAGGAAUCGACAUUAUCAACGACGAUGAUGGAAUCAUUGCACAUAUGGUCAACGCAAUGAAAAAUGCCGCAAAGGAUGACCGUCAUUCAAAUACGGAACGAAAACCGGCUCUCAAGAAAAGAAAAAUGCUUCACGACGUGAAAAUGAUGCUUCUUAGGAUGGACAUGCUUGAAGCCAUGAUCGAUGGAGGAAUGAUGAGCGCGGUCUCGGAAUGGUUGGCUCCACUUCCAGAUAAAAGUCUGCCGGCUCUCGAAAUAAGAACAGAGUUGCUGAAGAUUCUGUCAGGAUUUGGCAAUUUGGACCAGCAGUCAGGUCUGGGAAGGGCGGUGAUGUUGCUUUACAAGCAUCCUCGAGAAACCAAAGAGAACAAGGCAAUGGCAGCGCAGAUAAUAAGAGAGUGGUCGAGGCCGAUCUUCCAGCUUGAAACUGAUUUUCGCUCUGUUUCUCGAGAAGAGAGAGUCCAGAGAGACUUAGAACAUAUGUCGAGUGUCAAGAAGAGAAGAAUGAGCGGUGAAGCAGGUCCUUCAGAACCCGCUGUGUCGAAACUCCCUGAAAGGGAGAUCAACAGAGCUCGCGUCCCUCGUCCUUCCACUAAGGAUUACGUUGUUCGACCAAAAUCGAACGUCGAAGGAGAGUUUAAGGGAGAGCGCAAAGGGAAGGCGUUUGCACGUCUCGAUAAAGCACAUCGUGAGUUUUUGGAAAGAACCAGAAAACUGAAAGCUAAACGGGCAAUAGGCGUGUCUCUUGAAGGAAGAAAUAUGGCGUUGUGA